GUGGGACUCGGCGCUGGCGCUGGUGUGGGCGCCAUGGACGCUGACGCGGGGUCGACGAGCCCGCCUGCGGAGCGCGGCGACCCGGGCCUGACUCCGGAGGAGGAUGCGCGGGCCCGGGCCGAGUUCGCGGCGCUGCACGGCCCGGCGCUGCGCGCGUCCGGGGUCCCCGAGCGGUACUGGGGUCGCCUCCUGCACAAGCUGGAGCACGAGGUUUUCGAUGCCGGGGAGAUGUUCGGGAUAAUGCAAGUGCAGGAAGUGGAAGAGGAGAGCGAGGGCGAGGAGGCCCGGGAAGCGCGGAAGAAGCCGCCCAACCCCGGCGGCGAGCUCUGCUACAAGGUUAUCGUGACCAGCGAGAACGGGCUCCAGGCGGCUGACUCCAACAGCAUCUUCCUCAUCGACCACGCCUGGACGUGCCGCGUGGAGCGCGCGCGCCAGCAGCUGCAGCAGGUGCCCGGGCUGCUGCACCGCAUGGCCAACCUGAUGGGCAUCGAGUUCCAUGGCGAGCUGCCCAGCGCCGAGGCCGAGGACCUAGUGCUGGAGGAGAUGUGGCGGUUCAACCAGACCUACCAGCUGGCCCAUGGGACGGCCGAGGAGAAGGGGCCGGUGUGGUACAUCAUGGACGAGUUCGGCUCGCGCAUCCAGCACUCGGACACGCCCAGUUUUGCCACGGCGCCCUUCUUCUACGUGCGCCAGCAGGUGGCCUACACGCUGCUGUGGCCCCUGCGGGACCUGGACACGGGCGAGGAGGUGACCCGCGACUUCGCCUACGGAGAGGCUGACCCGCUGAUCCGGAAGUGCAUGCUGCUGCCCUGGGUCCCCGCCGACCUGCUGGACGUCAGCUCCUCCACGCCCCAGCCACCCGAUGAGCACUACCAGGCCAUCUUGGAGGAAAACAAGGAGAAACUGCCACUUGCCAUCAGUCCAGUGGCAUAUCCCCGCGACCACGUCUUCAAGGUCUACACGGACAUUCAGCAGGUGCUCAGCCACCUGACACACCCACGCUUCACCUUUACCCAGAGCGAGGCGGAUGCAGACAUUCUCUACAACUUUUCCCACUUCAAGGAUUACAGGAAGCUCAGCCAGGAGCGGCCCAGAGUGCUGCUGAACCAGUUCCCCUGCGAGAGCCUGCUGACGGUGAAGGACUGCCUGGCCUCUGUCGCGCGCCGGGCCGGGGGCCCCGAGGGCCCGGCCUGGCUGCCCCGCACCUUUAACCUGCGCACCGAGCUACCCCAGUUCGUCAGCUACUUCCAGCAGCGGGAGCGGCGGGGCCAGGACAACCACUGGAUCUGCAAGCCCUGGAACCUGGCCCGCAGCCUGGACACCCACAUCACCAGGAACCUCCACAGCAUCAUUCGGCACCGCGAGAGCACCCCCAAGGUCGUGUCCAAAUACAUUGAAAGUCCUGUCUUGUUCCUUCGAGAAGACGUGGGGCCGGUCAAGUUCGAUGUCCGCUAUGUCGUGCUUCUGCGGUCGGUGAAGCCCCUGAGGCUCUUCGUAUAUGACGUGUUCUGGCUGCGCUUCUCCAACCGGCCCUUCGCACUUGAUGACCUGGACGACUAUGAGAAACAUUUCACUGUCAUGAACUAUGACCCGGAAGUGGUGCUGAAGCAGGUGCACUAUGAUGAGUUCAUCCCUGCGUUUGAGAAGCAGUACCCGGAAUUUCCCUGGAGGGGCGUCCAGGCUGAGAUCUUCCAGGCCUUCAAGGAGCUGUUCCAAGUGGCAUGUGCCAAGCCACCGCCCCUGGGCCUCUGCGACUAUCCCUCAUCCCGGGCUGUGUAUGCCAUCGACCUCAUGCUCAAGUGGGACAACCGUCCAGAUGGGAAGCGAAUGAUGCAGCCACAGAUCCUGGAGGUGAACUUCAACCCGGACUGUGAGCGGGCCUGCAGGUACCACCCGAGCUUCUUCAAUGACAUCUUCAGCACCCUGUACCUGGACGAGCCCAGCCACUGCCACGUCACCCGCCUGGUCUAGGCGCUUGCGGCUCCGCGGCGCGUGCCAGCCCAUUCCAGCCUCAGCUCGCGGAGCUGCUUCUGCAGAACCCCCGCCCCUCCUCCCUCGGGCACAGCCUCACCUUCGCGCUGUCGUCCCCGCGCCACCUCUGGGGGCUCAGGGUCCUCCUCCCUCCGAGGUCAGGAGCAGGGCCAGUCACGCAGUCCCCAGGGCUGAGUGCCAGGCCCCCGUCCGCACUCCCCUCACCACCAUCCACUCAGCCGAGGGCUUUCGCAGAGUCUGGUUCCCAGGCUGCUGUGUUUCCCAGGGUGUUAGCGGAUGCGGGUUCUGGAGAGCACGACGAGGUGUCCCCACAAACAGGUUUCCCCAGCAGCACGUGUGGAACCCGCACACGAACAGGGUCCAGGCGGGCUGCUUCUCCAGAGUGUCUGCUCGUGCAUCGUGACUCCCCCGGGGCAGGGUGUCAGGUCAGGGUCCCACCCCUGCACCCCCAGAACACCUGGGAACCUGCUUCCCAGACCCAGCCUUCUUGUUUCCCAAUCUCGACCAAAACUUUACCGGCAAGCUUCCUGUGAAGUUCCCGGUCAGGAAGGCCGUGGCCUUUGGCUGCUAUAGCCUGUCUGUUGGCAAAAGCGGGCCAUCCUCCUGUCUGUGGCCCCGGCAGACCCGGCUGCCCGCCGGGCACAGCGUGCUUUCCCCCUCGUCUGCCGUCGGCUGGGGCCUCGGGGACAAGUGUGGGUGGCGGAGCGGCAGGCAGUGGACAGCUGAGGAAGACAAGUCCAGCGAGAACUUGACGUUACCAUCAGAUGCCAUCUUCCACCAGAGUCUAGAGUCAACAUGUUGGAUUUUUGUUAGUUUUUCAUUUAUGGGAGGAAAAUAUAAAAAUUCUUAUUAUUUCCGUAA